UUUUGUGAGAUUUGUGUAUAAUUAUUUUUUAAAUGGGAAAUUAAUUGGUUGCUGUUCAUUUUUAAGUAAAAUUCCUCUAAUUCAGGGAAUAACCUAAUUUAUUUUAAUCUUCCUUUGAGAAUGAUUUUUGUGUAAAAUAUUGAGUUUUUUUAAUUAUUUAAAUUUUAAAAUAAUCCUAUCGAUUUUAUAAUAGACAAUCGUCAGCUUUUGUAAAAUAAUUUUGGUCAAUUUAGUAUAACCAAUAUCCUUUGCUUUUCUCCAAUAAUUAACUUUUAAAAUUAGCACUUUUAUUUUUAAAACAAAUGGUAAAACUUAAGAAGGUCAUAGGUACUUUUGCACCUGAAAACAUGUUUCCAUGUGUGUAGCAUGUGAUGUGUUGCAUGCUUCUUUCUGGAUUCAGACUCAUUAUCCAGAUUUCUCUCUCAUAAUGCAACAUUUUUGUAAUUUUAAUAUGGUAUUUUCUAUUUUUUAAAAAAAUAACUCUAAAUCUUAUGGAUUCUGAUAUUGUGGAGGCGGUAACCUGGUUGGCGGCUGAAUUUGCUGAAUUAGCCGAUUUAAUUGAUGAUCCAUUUCCAGAAGAGCAUAAUGAAUAUCAAGUUGUACCAAUAAAUAAAAUUUCUACUGAAACAAUCCCAUCUUGGAACUCAGUGAAACUGCCAAAUGACGAGAUUGCUCUGUCGACUAGUGUUCCCAAGUUUCAAGUGAACGAAUCGAUAAAUAGAAAGAUUCACGUAGGUUCCGCUGACCUUUUGGGACUGGAAGUUGAGGCUUUGACUAUUUUUCUAGAGGAGCCAAACAAGUACAAGUCCAAACUGGUUAAAAGACUAGUAGCCCAGAGUAAUGGCCAGUUGGAAUUAGAUCAGGUUCACAGGAUGAGGUCAGGAGAGUCACAUUUGUCACGGGUGUUCAACGUUGGAAGCACAAACGUGAUUUUCGCAAUGAUCUGUAGAUACUCUAGAAAGUACCAUGAUGCCUCAAGUAACAUAUUAAACAUGUCAAUAAGGGAAUCGCUAAAGGUGGCAAUAGAGAAGGGGAUAGAGAUUCUGGCAUAUCCAGUUUCAAUAGAAGAGGAUGUAGUAUAUCCUGAUUAUCAGUAUCUAGAUACCCUCUUAAGAACAUUGAGGAGGUGGCUUGAGCUGCCAGAAGUGUCUUCUAAAAUUAGUAAAAUUUACCUAAUUUCACACACGCCCUCGGAAUCAUGCUACAGUGACGAUUCUACAGCAAGUAGCAUUGGAGCGUAUAACUGCAUGGAGGUAAUUGGGAAUAAAAAUGAGACUAACAAGGAUUUAUUCAACCUUCUAAGGAGAUAUUUCCCUAGAACAAACUACGAAGAGUUGCUGAGCGCUGAUCUGGCUACGACCGGUAAUGUGAAUGGCGAGAUAGUAGCAGAAGAGAGGAACAUAAGGAUAUCAGAAGGGUUUAACACAAUCAGCUCUAAAACUGUAUCAACUAAGCCAGUAAUUAAUUUGGCUGAGAGCCUUAGAGUCUCAACUGAUUCUGAUAGCACACAGAAGGAAUCUGAAUAUUCAUAUUAUUUGAAGCUGUAUUACUCAAUUUCAAAGCUUCCAGUCUACACAAAGUUGAAGGACAGCAGAUUCGUAGAAUGGCAGAGAACAGAUCCACAAAAAAGACCGGUUUUGAUAAUAAAUGCAAAAAAUUAUGAUAUCUCAAACCCAGAAUACGCUCUGUCCUACAUCCUGGGAUGUGUAAAGGCGUUCAUCCAUCACAAGUUUGUCAUCGUGGUCCUACACCUAGAUCACUCGAUUAUCAACUCAACAAGCCUUUUGAACCUUCUAAGUAACCUGUGCAGAAUAUUCGGGAAGGAGAGGACCAAGAACAUCGCAGCUAUUUACUUCCAUAAGUGUAGCUGGGCACUCAGAAGUUAUUUGUUUUUUACCUCUGCACUGCUCCCGACUGAGGUGUGGGAUGCAACUGUAUUUGUAGAUUCACAUCGGGAAGUAUCCCAUUUGGGCCUGGAUCCCUCACUUUUUUAA